AUGGAAGGACGCGGAGUAUUCUGCGUCGCAGUGGCAACGCUACUGGCGGGCGUGCUCUGUUUCGACGACGAGAUGGCGGAACUGGCGAAGAUGCUGAGGGAGAACUGCGCGGAGGAGACGGGAGUGGACCUGGGCCUGGUGGAUGAGGUAAACGGCGGGGCGGACCUCACUCCGGACGCUAAGCUCAAGUGCUACAUCAAGUGCGUCAUGGAGACGGCCGGGAUGAUGUCCGAGGGCGAGAUGGACGUGGAGGCGGUGGUGGCCAUGCUGCCAGAGGACAUGCGCCGGAAGAACGAGGCGUCGCUGCGCGCCUGUGGCACCAAGCGCGGCGCAGACCACUGCGACACCGCCUACCUCACGCAGGUGUGCUGGCAGAACUCGAACAAGGCAGACUAUUUUCUAAUA